UUAGGCAGCACAAAAAUGCUGUCUAGGCGGGGAACAACACAACCUAGACCCCCGUCAGACACUGUGAAGCCACGGGCUGUCGUGAUGUCGGAGCCCAAAGCGCCCAUCCCGGCCCCUGGAGACACCUAUAAAGGCUGGCUCUUUAAAUGGACUAAUUACAUCAAGGGAUACCAAAGGCGAUGGUUCGUCCUGAGCAAUGGCUUGCUGUCUUACUACAGGACCCAGGCGGAGAUGGGUCACACGUGUCGGGGCACCAUAAACCUGGCCACAGCCAAUAUCACGGUGGAGGACUCGUGCAAUUUCGUCAUCUCUAAUGGCGGCACGCAGACGUAUCACCUGAAGGCCAGCUCAGAAGUGGAGCGGCAGCGGUGGAUCACAGCACUGGAGCUGGCCAAAGCCAAAGCUUUCCGCAUGCAGGCUGAAUCGGAUGACUCUGGGGACGAGUCCACUCCUCCUGCCUCAGGACAAGGCGGAGGCUCACGGAACUCAGAGGUGCAGUCCACUCUCCGGACCCUGGGCAGCAAAGUGGAGGAUCUGAGCACCUGCAACGACCUCAUCGCCAAACACGGCUCUGCACUUCAGCGGUCCUUGUCUGAGCUGGAGGGAGUUCGGCUGGAAGGACAGACAAGUGAAAAGAUUCGGCAGGUUACAGAGCGAGCCACGCUCUUCCGUAUCACCUCCAACGCCAUGAUCAACGCCUGCCGGGACUUCCUGGCGUUGGCUCAAGCUCACAGUAAGCGCUGGCAGAAAGCCCUGCAGGCCGAGAGAGAGCAGAGAGUCCGACUGGAGGAAACACUGGAGCAGCUCGCCAAACAACACAACCAUCUGGAGAGAGCCUUCAGAGGAGCGACUGUACUGCCUCCUUCCCAGAGCAACCCUGCCAUAGACAGCAAAGGCUCAGUUGCAGGAAAGGGCGACGCCAGUGACGAGGACGAGGAGAACGAAUUCUUCGAUGCUUGCGAGGAUGUUCAAGAGUUUAUCACUGUUCCAGCAGACCCCAAAUAUCACAGGAGAUCUGGCAGCAAUGUCAGCGGAAUCAGUAGCGAGCUGGGAAUGGACGACGGGACGACAUCGCUAGACGAGCAGUCUCUGGCAUCCAAUCCCGAGUCUCCGCAGUCCCAGGAAGUGGUGCCUGUGAGGAAAAGACGGACCCGAAUCCCAGAUAAACCGAAUUACUCUCUCAAUCUGUGGAGCAUUAUGAAGAACUGUAUCGGAAAAGAACUCUCCAAAAUCCCAAUGCCUGUAAACUUCAACGAGCCCCUGUCCAUGCUGCAGCGUCUCUCAGAGGAUCUCGAGUAUUACGAACUGCUGGACCGGGCGGCCAAGUGCCAGAACUCUCUGGAGCAGAUGUGCUACGUGGCAGCUUUUACCGUUUCCUCAUACUCCACUACAGUUCACCGCACGGGCAAACCCUUCAACCCUCUGCUGGGAGAGACGUUUGAGCUGGACCGUGUCCAGGAGAGCGGCUACAGGUCCCUCUGUGAGCAGGUAAGCCAUCACCCUCCGGCUGCGGCUCAUCACGCAAUCUCCGAACGAGGCUGGACCCUGAGACAGGAGAUUGCCUUGGCCAGCAAGUUCAGGGGCAAAUAUCUCUCCAUAAUGCCCCUGGGUUCUAUUCAUUGUAUCUUUGAGAAGAGUAACAAUCACUACACCUGGAAGAAAGUCACAACCACAGUGCACAAUAUCAUUGUCGGGAAACUCUGGAUAGAUCAGUCAGGAGAAAUAGACGUUGUGAACCACAGAACAGGCGACCGCUGUCAUCUCAAAUUCGCCCCGUACAGCUACUUCUCCAGAGACGUGGCCAGAAAGGUCACAGGGGUUGUGACGGAUAAAGAUGGGAAAGCGCACUAUGUUCUCUCUGGGACAUGGGACGAGAAGAUGGAAUGCUCUCGUGUGAUGCAGAGCAGCAGAGGGGGGGAGAACGGCGCCGACGGACGACAGAAAACCGUCUAUCAGACUCUCAAAGCCAAAGAGCUGUGGAGGAAGACUCCACUGCCGGAUGGCGCUGAAAACAUGUACUACUUCUCAACACUGGCGUUGACAUUGAACGAGCCAGAGGAGGGCGUUGCUCCCACAGACAGCAGGAGGCGGCCGGACCAGCGUCUGAUGGAGCAGGGCCGCUGGGAGGAGGCCAACGCUGAGAAACAAAGACUGGAGGAGAAGCAGCGCACCGCCCGCCGAGAAAGAGAACGAGAGGCCAACCGCACCGCCAGCCCUACGGAAGAGGGUAAGGAGCCAGCAGAUGGGGCUCUCAUUGAGGACUCCAUAUCUGACUCGCCUCUAAAAACUGAAGAAGUCGAGAUUGCCAGUGAGCCCUCUGAGACCACUUACAAAACUGACACGGAUGAAACUUCCUCCGAUCUUUCGCUCUCAACUGAAACACUGCACGGCUCACAUCCACCGGAGUACUCAAUGGAGGGUCCUUUUGGAGCUCCGGUCAAAAGCGGUCAUCAGGACAACUACAAGGCGAUGUGGUUCGAGCGACGUGUCGACCCGGCGACAGGAGAGCCCACACACAUCUACAGAGGGGGAUAUUGGGAGGCCAAGGAGCAGGGCAGCUGGGACUCCUGCCCGGAUAUCUUCUGAUCCGAAUCACGCACAUGCCCCACAACACCCUCACUUUCCCCUUGUCCAGAAAAAACAAAUCAAACGAAAGCUCAGUCAGCUCCCCCAUUCUCUCUUUCCUAUCGUAGUAUAUCAAGAUACACGUUCUCACUCUUGCCAGCCGUGCUCUAAUCAGUGGACAUUAAAGGGACAUCGAAAUGGUUCGGGAAUGUUCUCCCACCACCGUCCACUGUGUGUCGCUCUCUAUUCCUCGUGCUCACGGGGUUAUUAAAGCAUAGGGUUCAUGGUUCAGUAGACGCUAGCGUUAGAAAAACAUCCUUCUGAAUCCCUUUCCUGCUCCACACGUCUUCCUCAGGCUGUGGACGUCACCUUCUUAAACAUCCCGGGGAUAUGGAGGCCUGUUUGCUCUUGUGUAUGUGUGUGUGACUUAGCGAAUGUGUGAUUGAGUUUAGAGAAGCGCUGUAGUGCUCUUUGUUUGCGUGAGAGACGUAGUUUAAGAGCUCGCCUUGGUUUGUGGAUUUUAAAGAAGUAGUUCGCAUUAAUAUGAAAGAUCUGUCAUUGCUUACUCACAGCCUCAUUGCUAUUGCAGCUCUUUUGUCAAGCACCAAAAAACACAUGAUAGAAGUAUCAUGAAAGGAGUCUGUGACGCUAUAUAUUCCAAGUCUUCUGAAUCUAUACGAUGCAAGGAAUUUCGACUGGCACACUAAUUACGACGCAAGAACCAGUGGUUUUGGAGUCAAUGACCAUCAAAUCGCACCUUUUUUUUUAAAAUGAGCUUUGGCACAUGUGAAGAUUAUCAUUGAAUAGCAAUGUAAAUUUCAGUCUUUCCUCACAAUAAGCUAUCGUAUUAUUUGAAAUAAUGAAAUAUAAGUCGUAUGCAUCACUUUUAUGGUGCUUUUGAGUCGUUAUUUUGGUCCUUUUGACAGCUGUUCUACAGAAAAACUCAAUAUGUGUAUUUGAACAACCCGAGGGCGAGUAGAUAAUGGCACAAUUUUCAUCAUUUUUGCAUGAACUAUUCCUUUGAAACCAAUCACACUUGUAAUGUCCUCAUUAGAAGCUGAGAGGACCGUGUCAGCCUCAUUCUGAUACUCUAACACCCACUAAAAUCACUUAAACUGACUAAAGAAUUGUCCAUAACCUACAGAACAGCAUAUCUGCUGAUCCUCACGAGGGAUUGUGCUGGUCUUUUCAGGAAAGCAUCAAUGUAGCCAGAGGAACACGUUGCACUGCUUGGUUUUAGUUUCAGUGUUUGAAACCGACAAGUGAUGUGUAGAGCACGAGACACCAAAGGAACAACCUGUUUGUUAAUGUUCUCCUUUAGCCUGGUCACAGAUGCUUUAUGGUUCUGCGGUGUCCACAAACUGAGGCGCUCAAGUGUGUGUGAGACUGAGUGUAUUCAAAUGGGCAUGUGAGGUCAAGGGAGAACUCUCAAACUACUCUGUGUAUGUGUGUGUGUGUGUGUGUGUGUGAUCAUGAGUAACGUAUUUGGGGUUUGUUGUAUAUUCCAGUGAAACAAAAAAGAAAACUCACAUUUUAUUUUCAAGUGUACUUAAAACACAUGCGUGGGGAAAAAAGCAAGAAUACAGCAAUGCAAAAACAUUGCCGAUAUUUGUGUAUAUAUAUCAAUUACUGAAGUAAAAUAUUCAUACUAAUAAUACCAAUUCUUCUAAUGCUGAAACUGACAGCUAGAGUUAUAAUUAUGAUGGUAAUUUUGAUGUAGUUUGAGGGUUCAACACAAUUAUUUGGACUUUUUAUCUGUUUUUUGUUUGGUUUUUUUUGUCUUUUUGAUAUGGGAAGCGAUGACACAUCUGUUUUCUCCCAUAGCAAAGAUGUGUUUUGAUUAUUGUCCUUUAAUGGAUCCAGACUAAUGGAAAUUUUAUAUAUAUGUACAUCUAUCCCAUCAUUGUCCUAUUCCGUUAAAACGGCCGUGAAUUCAGUUAUACUGCUGUUUGUAAUCAUUACAGUUUUCUUUGUUUGCAGUCUCUUUUUAUUUGUACAACUGUCAUCAUUUGAUUUAUUUUCAUUGACCGUCAUUUCUCAAGUUUUUCCUUACUACCGCUGGUUUUCAUUCUUGUUUGUCCUGUUUGUGUUGUCCCUCUCUUGGCCUCUGAUCAUUGUGUUACGGCACAGAAUUGCUCUUGACUGUCGUCAUGGUGCAGAUGAUGAUGAUGAUAAUAAUAAAAGCUGGUUUGAAAAGGAAACGGUCAAACACACAA